AUGGGGAAUAGUAGGGUUACCUGCGACUAUGUCCCCUUUGCCAGCGAGAUCUCACCGGACGGGUCUCUCAAUUACCGAGUCUUCGUGGAAGGAUCAGCCUCACAACCGUGGCCUGGAGUGGACGAUGGUAUCGAUGGAGCAGACUUCUUGUGGUAUAUGGACCAGAUUUGCAUUCAGCAGGUCUCCCCACCUCCAGGAAGUGAUGCGGUUGCGUACCUGAGAAACGUAUGUAAGAGAACACCUCGAGCAACUACGACUAGCAACUAUGUGGUUACACAAACUUACAAUGCAACCGCCACCCCAACUGCCGGCACCAACUUACUUGGAAAUCCAUCUUUUGAGAAUUACACAAUAUUGAUGAUCGGGUAUGCGGCCAGUUCUGCCUUCGCCAGCCAGGACGGCAGCACAUGCCAUUACUGGUACCCGCCGACUCAAUGGUCUCAGACGAUCAAUGUUAAUACUGGUUCUACCUACUUCAUUUCGAUUCGGACAUUCCUAGCGAGUGUUCCAUCUUCCGGUAAGACCGGUAGUAGCAUUGUCAAUUUUACCAUGGAGGCUCCAGGGACAGCGCCAGAAAAUGGGGCUGAAGUUUUGAGUGUUGCAAAUUCUGCCAUCACACCUGACUGGGUCCAGUCCACCAAGAUGCUUGAUCUAGAUGCAAACUUUGUCCAAAACAUCUGCGGCAGCACGGACGAUAGCACAACAGUCAGCUGCAAAUUCACUAUAUCCACAGGUUAUGCAGGAUCAUGGGAUACUACUGACACCUUGCCGGAUGAUCCAUAUUACCCCACGAAUAUUCGAAACUACUUGGGAUAA